AUGUCUGUACCUGUUUGCCCUCCUAAGCAAUAUUCAUCGUCCGAGAACGGUCUUCCGGGACCCGAGAACCUGAACGUUAAGUCAUCUAUGCUUCUAUUAAUUCCCUUUUCAACAGUCCCCAGUGUGUUCAAUAGUCAUCAAAGUGUACCAAACUCCGUUUUGUUUGUCCCUUCACACCGCUGGUCAACUCCCCUGCCAUCACCCAUCUUGUUUAUGACAUUGAUUUUGAAUUUCUCACAAAUCAGCCACCCCGUGCUUCUUACAGCUAUUGGACUCGCAUGUCUCGCAUGUCUCACAUAUCACGUGACGCGUUCUGUUUGCUACGACGACGCUGUGCCUUCCUAG